GGGCUGGGUGAAAAAAAAAAACCUACACAGGCUGUGGGACUCAAGGCGACUAUAAAACCGCUUUCUUGCCCAUUGUGUUGAUGUAGUCAAGAAAUAUACCGUAACGUAAAGACAGAAACGGAGAUGGAGGAGUGAGGCGGGACCGGUUGCGUGGCUGCUAAGAAACGCUUGUCUUGCGGUUUGCGAGCAAACUUUGUGAGGAGAUUUAUUUGUGGCGGGGUCUGCCGAUGACAAUCCUCUGAAACUUUAACUCUCGUAUUUGAGACACAGCAGUGCGCAGAAACAAGACUUUUAUUAAUUUAAUUCUCGUAAGAGAAACGGCAAGACAGAAAUUAGUUUUGCGAGUGUAUAUCUGUCCUCUAGUCACAGUUUGAACAUAAGCGAGACAGUAUAAGAAGAGGUAUUUUACUGACUAGGGUCUCCGUACAGUUGACGCGGCUGAAAUGGGAGCGGGUGACGGGCGCUCGGUGUCCGCGGUUCACCGGAGCUCUUUCCUCCUGAGGACGGUCCUGCUGCUGAUUCUGGGGCUGACGUGCGUUCAGGGGACGUGGGGACCCGGAGUUUACAAAUACCAGACCGGGACAGCACUCCUCAAAGAUCAGUCAAAGAGGAACUGGUGUCCGCAGACCGUGACUAAGACAGUGACCUGUCAGGUGCAGAAUGGCACUACUCUCCAGAGGGUCUAUCAGACCUGCAGGUGGCCUCAGGGAUGCAAUGGAGGAAGCUAUCGCACUGUGGUCCGGCCAUCCUAUAAAGUCGUGUACCGCACCAUCACCUCUCUAGAAUGGAAAUGUUGUCCUGGAUACAGAGGACCUCAGUGUGAGGAAGGAUCAUCGAGUAACCUGGUUGCCCAGGAGGCUGUAAGAAAACAGGCUAUACUUCUGAAACCUGCUUCUAAAACAGGAGAACAUAUCUCAAACUGUCUGAAUUGCAGUCGUAUCACCGCCCUCACAGAUCGUGUGAGCUCUCUGGAGGCCAAGGUCCAGCUUCUUACCGCUCCUGCCUCCACCUCUCAUCAACAGACGCAGUUAAAAAAUGAACCUGACUCCUCCUUACUGAUGGGGGCUACACCUGCCAAAGGUUCUCCUGGGGCUCAGGGUCCUGCAGGUCCACAGGGCGAGAGAGGCCAGGAUGGCUUACCCGGUAAAGACGGUAAACCAGGGUUUCGAGGUCUGCCAGGACCCAAAGGUGAGGCGGGCAGCAGAGGUCCAUCUGGGGCUCCAGGGUCUAAAGGAACAGCUGGUCCUCCAGGUCCUCAGGGACCACCGGGCCUCCCAGGAGAGAGGGGCCUCCCUGGGCCACCCGGCCCUCCAGGGCCCCCUGGACCACCAGCCCCUGUACCUGAACAAGAUGUUACAGGCCUGAAAAAAGACAGUCUGCUUCACAACAACUUCCCUGACCUCCGAGUGACCCCUUCAAACGGACCCCCAGGUCCACCUGGACCCACCGGUCCUCCAGGACCGUUAGGACCCAGUGGACCACCGGGCCCUAUGGGACAAACUGGAAAGCCAGGAGCUCCUGGUUUGCAAGGCCCUGUGGGACCAAAAGGCGAACGAGGAGAAAGAGGACCUCUUGGAUAUCCAGGAGAGAGAGGGUUCAAAGGAGAGCCAGGAGCACCAGGACUUAAAGGAGAACCAGGGGAGAAAGGUCUUCCGGACUUUAAUUUGAAGAAGUUCCAAGACUUGCAGGCUGACUUAGAGCUGCUGGCUCGCAGGGUGCAGCUGCUGGAGGCGAUCAUCUGGCCAGAACCAGAUCUAGGGUCAGGAGAUGGCCUCUUUGGCACACCGUCUCCAGAUGUCUACCGGAUUAAGAGGGCAAGGAUGUCAUCUUUCCGAGUCAAUUCUCCCUUAAUCACUGCUGAGACCAGGGUUCGUGGGAAGUAGUCUGCAUAUUCCAAAGAGCGAAGCCAUCGUUUCCAUCUCAAUUUCAUCAUCAGUAAAUCAGCUGAACUGGCAACAACUAGGGUUGCAAAAAGGUGGAAACCUUCCAGUAAAUUUCACAAAUAUUCCAGAAUUUUUUGAAAAGUUCCAGGAUUUUUCCCUUUGGAUUCCUGGGAUUUUUGGAAAUUAACCAGAAGUGUUCCACUCCUUUGCAACCCUAGCAACAACUACACAAGUCUCCUGAGACACACACAUUCUACAGAUCCAACCGCUUUGGAAUAUUCCAGUUAUUCAAGAAGGGGGAGACACCUCAGGGAAGACCAAAUGGUGCUGUAUAAAUUAACCACCUCUAAUGGGACUCACAGGUUCCUAGCACCUCUCCUCUGGCAAGUUAUAUGUUGUGUCACUCUUUCGACAUAACGAAUAGAAUCAGUCUCAAAAUCAAUUUGUCAAUUCGUUGUUUCACAUGAAAAAGGAAACGUUUUAAAAUAUGAUAUACAGAAACAGUAUUGGUGCUUGUGUAAUUGUUUAACAAAAUUGUGGGCAAAGAAGGGUACAAAAUGUGAUGGAGACGAAGAACGUUUUUUUAGGAGAGCAUCAAACCAUAUUAUUAGUCUUUCCAGCUGCUGUUAGGAGCUCAUAGUAACUUCAGCAAAUGUACUGUAUGACAAAAUGCACAUAACAAUUCUGCUAGUCAGCCAAACUCCACACUUUCCCCAGUGAUAAAACUGAUUUCAUAUUCUGUUCCUUGGAUUAAAUGCACUAUGUAGAUAGAGAAUCACCUUGUUUUUGUUUUUUUACGAGAAAGGACAACUGAAGGACAUAAACAUGUGUAAACUUUAAUACACCGUUCUGUUGUGAUAGGCUUUGGGCUUGGGUUCCCUCUGACUUUUUAAACAGACUAAACUUGUAACUAGAUUUGAAUAAGUGAAAACAAAUUGUUUUUUUUUUCUUUUUUUGUUAAAACAUGCAUUUGAGCAUGAUUUUAAGUAGCUCUGAAUCAAAUUUUAGGAAUCUCCUCUAGUUCAGGACAACAAUUAUUGAGUAACCCUAUAAUAAAUAAACUAAAAAUGUGCAAUUGUGUGAGCUAGAGGAGACAGAACCAUAAACUACACAAUAUCCAACUGGAGCACAAGGGGAAGCAGGAAAACUACUCAUAUAACUUGAAUUCUGUUUCCAUGUUUCAUGCAUGUCUUUUCAUCACAGUUACAUGCACAACAGAGGCAUGGGUUUCCUUUCUCAAUACCUUUCUAUUCCUAUAUAAAUAUUGUUGUAUUAAUUAUUUAUAGAUGACUAUUAGCAAUUGAUGUUUUCUCUACUCUGUAUACCAAUUCAUGUAACGUCACCUGUAUUUUUUUCCAUUUCUAGCCUCUUGUGUGAACUUGUCUCGCCAGUGUGCAGAGUCUUACCAAUUGAUGUUAAAACGAAAUAAACUUUGUUGUGUGUUUCUAUUUUUAAGACAA